UAAAAACUAAGCAGUCUGCGUCUUAAAAUGUCAAAAGGCUUUGUCAAACGUCUAGGUGAGAGUUGGAAAGAGUUUAGUACUCCUCAAUCACUGAAGCCGGAAACAUCUCAAAAUACAACAUCAAUAUCUACAAUAUGGAUGAACAUACUACCUAUACUCUAAACGAAGACCUAAUGACGGAAAUCCGCGAGGCAUUCGCUCUUUGCGAUCCCGAAAAUUCUGGAUUGAUAGAUUCCGAUGAUCUUGUAUUUGUUCUGCAGGCUUUGGGCUACAAUUACACUGAAGCUGAGAUCUACUUAAUUAUUGAGGAGCUAGACGAAGACUACAUCGGUAAAAUAGACCUUCGCUCCUUCGUCCAUUUUAUGACCAAAAAGUACAAGGUAUACGAAAAAAAGGAAAAUUUGGUUACCGCCUUCAAGGUAAUCGAUCGCGAUGGCCUCAGUGCCAUAACUCCUAGUAAGCUGCGCGCUAUUUACGCCACCCUUGGAGAGAAAAUAAGCGACGAGGACUUGGAUGCUGUUUUCCACGAGGCUGACGUGGACGGAGAUGGUGUCAUAAAUCUUCGGGACUUUCUCUCAGCCUACAAUAGCUAAACAUAGCUUGCUCACUUUCAUAAUAAAACAUUAAAACAACUAAA